UUUGCCAAUAUGUAAAAUGGCGCCCUCGCACCUCACUCAAUGAUUUAUAGCGUAGCUUUUAAACAUGGGCACUUCCGGUGCCGCAGACCAUUUCCCGUUCCGUUCUGCUGGUGUCCUUGUCCUUUCUAGGGUAAACGGAAGCGGCUGUGUGAGGCGCGGAGACCGGUCAGCAAGAUGUUACGGAAUUUACUGGUAAAUCUGAAUACCCUCGCAGCAGCGAUAAUGAUAUGUAUUAAUAGUGCUGUGCGGUCAGUGCAGCCCAGGGCUGGUGACAAAUCCCACUGACCUCAGCCAGAUAGCCAGGGUGGAUAUGGACUUCAUACAGCCACGGAGGACAGCCCUGCAUGGCGUGUGUCUAGUACAAGGCAGAUAGAAUGUUUCAUCAUGGAGGGUGCACAGCAUUCUAUUUAAAUCCAUCAGUUAUUUGGGGUGAAUGCGGAAUUAGCUGUAACCUUUCACAGCCCUAGCCUGGGUCCCUCUAAGCUAGUUAAGGUUAGAGGAUUCACCUUGUUUAUUAUUGGGGAUCGAUAUCGUUUUGGCCUAAAAUAUUACAUUCGUUAGCCAGUUUCCCUCCAUUCCAGAUUAGUAAAUGGUAGAUAUUUAUUGCAGUAUUUGGUGUAAACAUCUAGGAAUUUGUUGGGCUUUGCAGUUUCUACAAAUGUACUUUGCAUUGAUUUGCAGGAACGUUAGAUGUGCAUUGACUUCUCUAACACUUCUGAUGGUUGUAUGUGAGACAUGUUCACCUUCAAGUAGAAUGAAUGCAAUCUGUGCAUUGGUGGUGCCAUUGAGUGACACAACUGCAUGCCCAGAAUAGAUAGAAGGCUACAUUUUGGGGGAUGUCAUCAUAGUGGUAAAGCCCAGAAAGGUCAAAUUAACAAAAUUCUUAAUACAAUUUCUAAUUUUCAUUUGCUAGCAAUCUGACUUCCAUUGAUAUAUUAAAAUUGGUUGGCAAGUAUGCAGUCGUGAACAGUUCUUAUGAACAUAAAAUAAAACCUUUUUAUUUUUUUUCUGUCAUAACAUACGUAAUGAAAGGUUUUCUUCUUAGACUCUCAAUAUAAAAUAAUUAAUAAUUUGUCUUUUAACAAAGCUAGUCAUACUAGUUAUAUAUAUAUAUAUAUAUAUAUAUAUAUAUAUAUAUAUAUAUAUUUUUUUUUUCAAUGUGCCACCCUACACUAGAACUGUGUAUUUGUAUUUUGCACUGCACCAAUUUUUUCCUUGCUGCCUGAAGUGUGUACGUGCUGCAGUAGCACUUCCUGGUUCAUGAGAAAGAGGUUAUGCAUUUUCUUCAAGUGACAGAAGCUGUAAAUUGAACCCAUCCCUUUACCACCACCACCAGCAGUACAAUACAAUAGUACGGUUUUCCAUGAAUUCUUAACACUGUAUUCUUCCUUCAUGGGAAAAUGAGAAAAUAGAUUUUGUUUCCUUUUUUUGACCAUCAGUGCACUGACCCAGAGUUCUAUAUUUUGCAUUUACUUGACAACUGCACUUGUCAAUUCUUGUCUCAAAUAAUAAAAUUGAGAUGCUUUUAAAAAUGUAUUUAUUUUAAACUUCCAUUUUAUUUUAAGCCCUUUAUGUCAAUGCAACGCUAUUUUUUUUCUUCUUCGUGGAUUAAUGUGAAUGUGGUGUUGUAAACUGCAUUUUUACACUGAAAAUGUACUCACUCACUGAAAGAGAACCUGCAACUGCACAUUCAAAAUCGUCACGCAUACCUCAAGACCUUAUUCAUUAGAACAUCUGCCAUGACACUGUUGAAAAUGUUUCGAUAAGUAUGUACAUUUUGAAGCAUUGCUUGCUUGGGACUGGCAGUGAUAGCCUGAGAGCAUCAGCUAAGCUGCUAGAGCCAAUUUUUCCAUAUUUGAUAACCACUGCAGGAGAGACAUUCUAGUUCAGUGUUUAACCAUUCAAAGUGCUUUAACAUUUGAAGUUUACAAGACUGGUAAUCUGGGUACAUGAAAUGGUUUUGGUGCUAGGAGUAUUGCUUUAAUAAUUUAUAUCUUCAUACUGAGCCAUAAUAACUAGCAUGUUACUUUUAGGAAAUGAGAAUGCCCAUCCAUCAUGUGAAUGUAGAAUGCCUAUUCUUCACACUAUUACAUUUGCCUAAUCACCUCUUUCAAACCAAUGAAAUGGUGAACAGCACUAUCUUGCUGUAAAUAAACUUUAGCUCCAAAAGUGUAAUAAUAUGCGGUGGAGACCAGUCUGUGGAGAAGUAUUUUACUACAUAUAUAGUAAUAAAAAAACUGUAAAAUUAAGAAUUUUUAUUUUUUACUUUUUAUCACUAUUAAUUAGCCAUGCAUUGCACCUGUGCUACCAUCAUGAAGAACAACUGGAGAAAGCUCAUCACUCUCUGCACUGACCUUAACUCAUAUUACCAGUUCAGAUCUCUGGUCUGUUUUAAGUAGACCUCAAAGUGCACUUACUCUUAAUUUAUCUGACAUCACUUUCAGAUCAGUUGGCAGAAUAUGUGUUUUAGUUGUGUUAUUCAGGGAUUCUGUUAAAUGAGAACCUGUACUACAGAUAGGGUUAGGUUUUGUUCAUUGUGUUAGCAGGUUGCUGUGGCUGCAAAUCCAGUCAAAAUGGGCAAAUAGAAUUUGAGCUUUGUUCAGAGCACUGUUCAUUUUGAUAGUCCUAUUUAACAUUAUAUUUUUUAAUUAUAUUUGUUUUCUCUUAUCUUUGUUUCAGACUCUUCGUCAUGUUUCUCAAAGAGCUAUCAGCAGCUCUAGUCGGCGACCACUGCUAAAUAAAAUUCCAGACAAGCAGAAGCUAUUCCAGGUAUCUAAUUCUGCACAUAUUAUUGUUUUGAUUGCUUAUAACAUAUCCACUUAUUCACAUUAGGCUUUUGCAAUUUUAAUUUGACCCCAUUUAUCUAUUAAUUUAUGGGCUUUAGGAUCAAUAACAACCCAUCAUUGAUUCCCCCCCUUCAUUUCUUACACAGUGACCGCAUGAACUACAUAUAGGAAUUAAUUUUAUAAACAAUGUUAUACUUUGCAAAAGUGUGGCAUAUCCAAGGAAGUGUGAAAAAAAUAAAAUAAACAAAUAUGUUUUUUAAUUAAACAUAAUAUAUUGAGCAAACAAAUUUUAGCUAUGUACUUGAGAAAUUUGUUCUGAUAAUCUAUAAAAAAAUUACAAACCUAUAGUGUGGGACCAUAAAAUAAACCCCUCCAAAUUAAAACCCUUCUUUGAUAAACUCUUGAAAAAGACUGGCUAUGUGCAACAGCUAAGCACCAGAAUGGUCAAGUCCUGAAGAUCAUUUGAUCCAAAGAGGCAGGUAAGCAUUUUCUUGAAAGCAUCACCAAAAUCUGAAAUACUUUUAUCAUUAAUAUAAAACCAUUUUUUUCUUUCAGAUUUAAUCUGGGAAAAGUCUGAGUUUAGUGAAUAACCAUACCAAUGUCUAAGACUAAGCAGGGUCCCCAAACUUUGUAGUUUAGAGUUUUGUGUCCAGACAAGUAGAUUGGACUACCACUUUAGUACCUUGGACAAGUAGUUUUUUUUGUAAUUUAAAAAAUAUAUAUAUUUUAACAAUUUCCUCUACCCUGACAUAUCUGGUUAUUGGUUUUGAAUUCUAUCCAUAUACCUAUAUGUGAUUUCCUGCUUUAAACUGACCUUGUCGCUUACCUUGAACUAACAUCUGUUUCACAAUUUGUGAGUAGGCAGUUUCUAAGUAAACUAAACAAAUUAACACUGUUAAUCUUUUUUGAUAAAUCACUUUUAUAUGUAGUUUUUAUUUUUUUAUUUUUUUUUUUCUAUAGGAAGAUAAUGGCAUUCCAGUUCAUUUAAAGGGAGGAGUUGGAGAUGCCCUAUUUUACAGAGGAACAAUGGUUCUUACUGUUUUGGGUAAGUUUAAAUCACCAGCCACUUUUAGCAACAUCAUGAUGUAUAUUGACCAUUGUUCAACAUAUGAAGGGGAACACAUUACUUUUCAGAAAUUUUUAAUAUCAUGUUUCCUUAUUCUCUGUAUUCAACAGAUAUGCUUUAUGUUGUCUGAAAAACAAAAUUACACCUAUAAAUACUUUCAUCUAUCUUGCAAUGGAGUGCCUUUAUCUUGACUCUAUAUUAAUCACUGUUGUUGUUGUUGUUGUUGUUGUUAUUUAUAUAGCGCCAACAAAUUCCGUAGCGCUGUACAAUGGGUGGACUAACAGACACAUAAUUGAGAUCAGACCACUGACGUACAGGAACAGAGGGGGUUGAGGGCCCUGCUCGAUGAGCUUACAUGCUAGAGGGAGUGGGGUAUAGUGACACAAAGGGUUAAAGUAGGGGAAUUAAAUAGUUUGUUACAGAAGGGUUUAUUGAGUGCUUGGUAGGUCAUUUUUGACAGGUGAAGGAACGGAGUCAUGGGGUGGGGGAUGAGAAACCUGCUGACAGUUUAAUUGAUACGCUUUAAUAAAGAAGUGAGUUUUCAAAGAUUUUUUGAAGGAAUGGAGGCUGGGUGAAAGUCUGAUUGAGGAGGGAAGGGAGUUCCACAGAAUAGGUGCAGCCCUGGAGAAGUCUUGAAGGCGAGCAUCAGAGGUGGGGAUCCGGGCAGAGGAUAGGAGUAGGUCUUGGGCUGAGCGCAGGGGUCUCGUCGGGACAUACUUGUGUAUGAGGGAGGAUAGGUAUGUUGGAGCAGCAUUAUGUAGGGAUUUGUAAGCAAGCGCCAGAAUUUUGAAUUGGGCCCUAUAUCUAACUGGAAGCCAAUGCAGGGACUGACAGAGCGUGGAGGCGUGGGAGGUGCGACCGGACAGGAAAAUAAGCCUCGCAGCCGUAUUCAUUAUAGAUUGCAGCGGUGCAAGCUGGGAACAUGUAAGACCGGUGAGAAGGGGAUUGCAAUAGUCAAGGCGAGAGAGAACAACAGCAUGAACCAGUACCUUAGCCGCGUCCGGCGUUAGAUAUGGGCGGAUGCGCGCUAUGUUCUUGAGUUGGAAGCGACAGGAUUUGGCUAUCGAUUGAACAUGGGGAGUAAAAGAGAGAUCAGAAUCAAAAAGAACUCCUAGGCAGCGAGCCUGGGAGGUAGAGGUGAUAGUAGCGCCGUUGACUUGGAUGGCGACAGACACAGGAGUAGCAGCACUUGAGGGAGGAAAAACUAGAAGUUCUGUUUUGGACAGGUUGAGUUUAAGGAAGUGAGCAGCCAUCCAGUUGGAAAUAGCAGAGAGGCAGUCAGAAACACGAGUCAAGGUGGGCGGAGAGAGAUCAGGGGAGGACAGGUAGAUUUGCGUGUCAUCUGCAUAUAAAUGGUAUUGGACGCCAAAAGAGCUGAUGAGUUUACCAAGGGAGGCAGUAUAGAUAGAGAACAGUAGGGGGCCGAGGACAGAACCUUGGGGGACGCCGACAGGGAGGGGUUGGGGAGAAGAGGCAGAGCCAGAGAAAGAAACACUGAAGGAGCGCUGGGAGAGGUAGGAGGAGCACCAGGAGAGAGCAGAAUCCCGUAGACCAAAGUUACGGAGAAUGUGAAGAAGCUGUUGAUGAUCAACAGUGUCAAAGGCGGCAGAAAGAUCAAGGAGGAUUAGGAUAGAGUAUUGGCCGCGAGAUUUAGCAGCAAUUAAAUCGUUGGAUACUUUGGUCACAGCAGUUUCGACAGAGUGACCAGCGCGGAAUCCAGACUGAAGGGGGUCAAGCAGAGAGUUGGAUUCAAGAAAGUCUGUCAAUCUGGCGUAGACAACUCUCUCGAGGAUCUUGGAGGCAAAUGGCAGUAGCGAGAUAGGGCGGUAGUUGGAUGGGGAGUUGGGAUCGAGGUUGGGCUUUUUCAGAAUUGGGGUUACGGUUGCAUGUUUGAAGGCAGAGGGAAAUGUGCCAGGAAAGGGAGAGAUUGAAAAUGUUAGCGAGAGGAAGAGCAAGAGAGGGAGACAAAGUGCGGAUGAGAUGCGAGGGAAUAGGAUUGAGGGAGCAGGUGGUGGGGCGGGAGGACAGAGCAGAGCAGAAACCUCUUGUGCUGUAGCAGGUGCAAAUGAGCUUAGGAUGACAGGGGGAGUGGGGUUGGGUGAUGUAUUGAUAUUGGUUGGAGAAAGAUUAGAGAUCUCGUUCCUGAUUGUAGAGAUCUUCUCAGUGAAAUGAGAUGCAAAGUUUGUGGCGGACAAGGUGGUGGAAGGAGGGGGAGUCACAGGGCGAAGAAGUGCAUCAAAAGUGUGAAACAGGUGUUUGGGUUGGUGGGACAGUGUGCUUAUGAGGGUGUUGAAGUAGCUUACUUUUGCAGAGGAAAGAGCCAUGCUGUAGGAGCGCAGCAUAAAUUUAUAUUGGACAAAGUCAGAUGCAAAGUGAGACUUUCUCCAGCAGCGUUCAGCAGUUCUGGAACAUUUUUGGAGGUAACGGGUCAGCUUGGUGUGCCAGGGUUGUAGUUGGGGGCGCUUGCUGCGUUUAACUGUAGGAGGUGCCAUGAUGUCAAGUUGAGAGGAGAGAGUGGAGUUGUAGAGUGAGGUUGCAGAGUUAGGGCAGUUGUGAUUUGAGAUGGGUAAAAGGAGUGUUUGGAGUUUAGUGGAGAAGUGAUGGAGAUCGAGAGAGUUGAGGUUUCUGCGAGGUUGGAGAUUUUGGUAUGGGGUAUGCAGAUGUAUGGGGUAUGCAGAUGUUGAAUGUUAGCAGAUGGUGGUCAGACAAAGGAAAUGGAGCAGUGGCGAGAUCAGAGGUAGUACAGAGAUUGGUGAAGAUGAGGUCAAGAGUGUUUCCUGCAGUGUGAGUUGCCGAGGAAGAAAUCUGUGUGAGUCCAAAGGAGGAGGUUACAGAGAGCAGACGAGAGGCAUCAGGGCAAUUGAGCUUGUUGAUAGGGAUAUUGAAGUCCCCAAGUAUGAGAGAGGGAGUGCUAGAGGAAAGAAAGUGGGGUAACCAGGAGGAAAAGUGUUCAAUGAAUAGUUUAGGGUGACCGGGGGGGCGAUAGAUGAUGGCAAUUCUUAAAGGAGUGGGCUUAAAAAGGCGUACAGUGUGAACUUCAAAGGAAGUAAAGGAUGGGGCAGGGAGGAUAGGUUGAAAGGUACAUUGAGGGGAGAGAAGGAUGCCGACACCACCUCCUUUACAGUCAAAUCUAGGAGUAUGGGAGAACUGUAGACCACCGAAACAUAAAGAAGCAGGAGUAGCGGUGUCGGAUGGAGAUAGCCAGGUCUCAGUGAGUGCCAGUAUUGUGAGAGAGUUAGAGAUGAGGAGGUCAUGUAUAGCUGUAGAUUUGAUAUUACUACAAAUGGAGCGAGCAUUCCAGAGUGCACACUGAAUUUUGGUAGAGGAGGAUAGACUGCAGGGUAUUUGGUGGAGGUUUGCAUGGUUUCUGGUUAUUUUAGUGUGAGUAGAUGAGGUGAGGGGCCCUGGGUUGGGAGAGACAUCACCAGCUGCCAGAAGUAGGAGGAGAGAUAGACAGGAGGUGUGAGUGGGUUUUAUAUGGGCGGCGACUAGGGUGAGAUUGGGUUAGAGCAGGAGAGAGAGAAUAGAGAAAUAAGUGCAGGGCUUGAGAUGAGAGAAGGGGGAGUGUAGCAGAGAGGGAUUAAUGUAAAUGUUAGUGUUUUGUUGAGGGAAGUGGGUGGAAGGGGAUAUUUUGAUCCUUAGGGAGAUGAGCGAGAAGGAGAGGAGGAGAAUAUAGAGCGUUGCUCUGAUAGGUAGGUAAUUAGAGGGAAGGAGAAUGAGCAUAAGGGAGGAGAGGGAGUGAGUGUUAGGGGUUAAGAAGGUGGAUUGUGCUCAUUAUGGGUAGUGUUUGCAGCUGCUAUUUGGAAUUAACGUUGUGUGUGGGAUUCUAUCUAUAAAUGUAGUAAGGAACGUGGGGUGAGGUGGUGAGGGGUGGGCGGGAAUCUGAGCACUGUUCAGGUUUGCUAGAAGUGGUCUUUUAAAACUCAGACUGUGGAAGACAGAGAUGAUAGGGUCAAAACAGGACUGCAAUAAAAGCUAUGGAAUGGAGAUGCACAGAGGAGGUGAGGAUUGGUCAAGCAAGACAUUCGGGUGGGUAUCAAUAAAAUAAGGGGGGGGGGAGAAGAAAUAACAGAGAAAAUCUUUAGAGAUAAGCAGGAUGUUGAAUAACAUUUAAGUUAACGAAACCAAUGUUGAGCAGGGCAGGGAGCAACUAGCUUUAGCAUGCAGGACAAGACAAACUGCAGAAUAUAUGUGUGUUAUUAGCUCUGCCCUUUGUAACUGUCAGUGAACAUGGGGAGAGUUGUGGAAAGAGGAAAAAUAUAUAUUGUGUACAAAUUGUCUUUUACUUUUUAAGCUGUUUUGGUGUUUGUGUGUGUAUUUAUUCCAAAAUAUGUGUAAGCAUGGCAACAUGUCAGACUAAUCCUUGCUACAUGCAGCCUAACAGUGCCAUACUUACCAGUGACAUUGUGCAAUAAUAACCUUUGGAUCUUGGUUGCUAUGUGACAGGAGGUGUUUUUAUUUAUUUUUCAAAAUAUUGCAAGAGAUUAUUAUUAUUAUUAAAAAAAAAAUGUCAUUUGCUUUAUUUUUAAUGAACAUCGGUGCUUUAGGCACACCUCUGACACACUUUAAAGGGACACUAUAGUCUUCAAAACAACUCUGGCUUAAUGAAGCAGUGUUACUGUAUAGAUCAUGCCUCUGAAGACUCACUGCCAUUUAGGAGUUAAAUCACUUUUCUUUCUGUUUAUGCAGUCCUAGCCACAUCUCUCCUGUCUUUGACUGACAGUCUGCAUGAAAACAAUAUAGUUUUCCUUUCAAUCAGAUGUAACUUAUUUUAAAAGUUUUUUAUUUUUUUAUUUCUUGCACUGUAAAUUGAAUUUUAAUCACACACGGGAUGCUCAUGCAUGGUCUACCAAGCUAUUUACAGUGCAGGAGAUAAAUUCUGAAUUAAACAUUCCCAGUAAAGUAAGUAUUAACAUUAGAUGACUCUUUACAGGAAGUGUUUAGGAAAGCUGUGUAAGUCACAUGCAGCGAGGUGUGACUAGGACUGUAUAAACGGUGAUUUAAUUCCUAAAUGGCAGAAAAUUGAGCAGUGAGCAGUGAUACUCCAGGGACAUGAUCUAUACACCAAAACUACUUAAUUAUCCUGAAGUUAUUUUGGUGACUAUAGUGUCCCUUUAAAAUAUGUUGCUGCAAGAGAUUACAAAUGUUGUUACAAUGUCAUUGUAGAGUAAGAAUAGUGUAUUUAGGUCUGUUUAUUAAGAAAGUGUAUUGUGGUGAAUUGCUAAAUUUAGGUCAAAGUGGAAAAUUUGGAAGGUAAAAUUUUUUUUUAUUUCUCCACCAAAGGAAGAGCUGUCCUCCAUUCCCAAGUGAAUUUUACUUAUGAUGUUGUUGCUGGGUAUGCUGCAAUAUAAUACCAAUGAUCUUUUCAUUUCAGGAACAGGAUAUGCUCUUUAUGAGUUGUUCAUUGCUGCAAUGCCAAAGAAGCAGAAUUGAUUCCACCCAACUUUCCAAUUGAUGUCUGUCCAUUUAAUUGCCACUCUUCAGGGACCAUUUUUGUCCUUGUCAUAACAAGCUCUGUGCAAUUUAGGGAACAAUAUUUAUUAAAAUGUACUGUAAAUCCUGCAAAAAUAAAAGUGGUUUUACAUUACUGUACUCUGCAUCUCUAGUCCUCUUGUUUGGAAACCGGUAACGGAG